UGGCCGACGAAACUGGCAGCUCUGUGUCGGGCUCAGAGCUGGCAGAAUCGACGAGCGACGAAUGCUUGGCUGAACCAGACGGACCCGCUAAGAAGCGCUUCAAGGCAGGCGAAAGAACGCCUGGCAAGUCUGACAAAUUGGAGCACAGGCUGGGCGGCAUUCUUUGCUGCGCGGUAUGCUUGGACCUGCCCCGCACCGCCAUUUAUCAGGUUUUCUAAUGGAGCAGCUUCCCAAGAGGAGAGCGUUCUGCUGGGGCAACCAUGGUGAUUUUCCUCUCCCUGCUGUGGUUUUGCAGUGCACCAACGGCCACUUGAUGUGUGCCGGUUGUUUUACUCAUCUCCUGGCAGAUGCGCGUCUCCGUGACGAGACCGCCACCUGCCCCAACUGCAGGACAGUCAUCAGUCGCGAGCUCUGCUCACGAAACCUUGCUGUUGAGAAAGCAGUCUGUGAACUGCCCACCGAAUGUCAUUUCUGCUCCAGUGAACUUCCCAGGUCACAGAUUGAACGUCAUGAGGCGGAUCUCUGCGAAGAGCGGUUGACACGCUGCCACUACAGUCGCAUUGGCUGCCAAUGGAGGGGUCCGUACCAUGAGCUGGAUGUGCAUUCCCAAGUGUGCUCACAUCCUCACAAAUCUGGUGGAGAAGUGAUGGAAGCCCUUGAGCUCAUUGACCAGCAGAUGCACAAGGAGCAGAUGCUGUACAACACCAUCUUUGAACUGCUGUCAUUUGAGAAGAUCACUUUCAAUGAUUUGCAGUUUAAACCAUACCGCACUGAUGAGUUCAUUCACAAGCUGUACUAUGAGACAUCUCGCUUCACUGCCUUUGGCUCACAGUGGGUUGUAAAAGCACGGGUGAAUGACAAUCAGCGUGAUCCAACACAGUCCUGUGAGCGCACCCUCAGCUACCACCUUGUGCUCAAGAGCAAAGCUUCAGCCUCCAUGGGCAUCCACUAUAUGGUUCUGAAGGGCCCAUUUGGAGACCUCAAGGUAAAUCCUCGCCUGUACCAGCAUGAGUUUACAGAAGCUGCCAUGGAAAGUCCAUACCAACCGCUGCCAUUGCUGGACUCGGCCGAAUGCAACAAACUGCUUGCUGCCAAAGCCUUCAACUUUCGCCUCAUCAUGUUCCAUGUAACUAAGUGAAAUGGCCUCCAGUCAUCCAGAUCCCAAGCAUGCUGUAUAUUCAACUUUUGUCCUUCCUCAAGAUUUGUAUCAUGUCACACUCCCCUCAGAUUACUUUUCUGGUGACUCAACUUAGACCCGAUUCCUUGUAUCGUACAAAUAAACCCGGUCAACUGCCUGCA